CGUAAUUCAUUUUUUUUAAUUUUUUACUUCCCUCUCUCCGUCGCCCCCUCUCUCCCUCCCUGCUUCCCUUCCCAUAAUUCCCUCGACGCCUCUCUCCUCCACUUCAGUGACGACUGCCGGCGCAGGCCAGUCGGCACCAGCGACAUCUCCUUUCUCUCCCUAGCGACGAUAAAUCUUCUCUAUCCCCCGAUAUCUCCUUCUCUCUCCAGUCGGUAACAUCUCCGGAUAUCUCAUUUAUUUUUUAUAUUCAUAUUAAAAAGAGUAAAGCAUUACUAAUUCUCUUCGAUGGAAGCCAAUUCGAGCAACGGUGGUUCCUUGUACGGUGGUGCUGCUCCGUACAGACCAAGGCAAGGACUCAGCACGAGACCGGUGGCGGCCUCCGAUGAAAUACAAUUACGGACUGAUCCGAUGCAAGCUGACUUCGAUGAUGAGAUUUACGGUCUCCGCAGCCAAGUUAGGCAAUUGAGAAAUAGUGCUGAUCGAGACUACUUGAAGGAUGUAUCUGUUCGACAUCCUGAGAUGAGAGCUCCCAAAGUACGUGAUUCCUUAUAUUGGGGAAAACGAAAAUGUCAAAGGAUUUCCACAAAGGAUUCAGGCCUCAUAAAUGCUGCAGUUUCUAGCUUAAAUAAGUUUCCUGAUGAUGGAAGCUUUAUGAGCAAAGUUCUUAGUCAGCAGAAUAGUGAUAUUGCUGGUUCUGUUGGUUCUCACAAAAAUCAAUAUGAAUGUGUGGACGCGCUGUCUGAAUUGAUGAGUGCAAACCAACUGGCAGCCAAGGCUUUGCACCUUCGUAUGAAAGGAAAACAUGAAGAAGCUGAUAAACUCAUGCAAGAGGUUGAGAACAUAAAAGUAAAGCAAGUUACUGGUAAAAAUUCUAGUGGACCUCAAAAGAUCAUAAGCACCAACAGGUAUGCUGUUCAAGAUGUUUCUGCCCGAAGAAAGGAAGAUGAUGCCAAUUGGCAUCUAGUGCAAAAGAUAAUGCAGAAUAAGCAAUAUAGUUUAUCUGGUCGGGCAGAUGAUGAAUAUGAUUUUGAAGAUGGCCCAAGCCGAAAGGCUAGGAAAAAGGGUGUAGUUAGUGAUCCUAAUUUCAAGGAGAAAAAUGUUGUUGCAAAGCGAAUCUUGACUCAGCAAGAGCGUUGCCUUUUUUGUUUUGAGAAUUCAAACAGGCCAAAACAUCUUGUUGUGUCAAUUGCAAACUUCACAUAUUUGAUGUUGCCACAGUUGCAGCCUGUUGCUCCAGGCCAUUGCUGCAUCUUACCCAUGCAGCAUGAAUCAUCCACAAGGACGGUUGACAAUAAUGUGUGGGAGGAAAUUCGCAAUUUCAAGAAAUGCCUUAUAAUGAUGUUUGCUCAGCAAGAGAAGGAUGUAGUUUUUCUUGAAACAGUAAUGGGGUUGGCACAACAACGCCACCAUUGUUUGAUCGAGUGCGUUCCUCUGCCUCGAGAAGUUGCUAAACAGGCCCCUCUAUAUUUUAAGAAGGCAAUUGAUGAAGCUGAAGAUGAGUGGAGCCAGCAUAACGCAAAGAAGCUGAUCGAUACUAGUGUGAAGGGGUUGCGUGGUUCAAUUCCCAAGGACUUCCCUUACUUCCAUGUUGAGUUUGGCCCAGACAAGGGUUUUGUCCACGUCAUUGAUGAUGAGACGCAAUUUCAAAAUAGCCUUGGACUCGAUGUAAUAAGAGGCAUGCUGGGUUUGCCUGAGGAAAACAUAUAUGGUCGCAGAAGGCACGAGUCAGUAAAGAAGCAAAAACAGUCCCUUUCUAAUUUCGCAAGAGAUUGGAAAAUUUUUGAUUGGACAAAACAACUUGAUUAAAUCUUCAAAUUUUGUAAACUAGUCGCUUUUAAAUAAUAUAUUAGUUUCUAAAGUUUGUG